AUGAUCUCGCGGCCAUUUUCGUUAUCCUUCUCCGCGGGGGAUCAAGCAGCGAGCUCAAGCUCCAAAACCGACACUCUCAUCGAAUUGGCCAAAGCUCGUCGUACCAUCUACAAACUAGGCAAAAGUAGCCCUGUUCCUGACUCCAAAAUCGAGGAUCUUGUGAAUGCAGCUGUUCUCAAUGUUCCUAGCUCAUUCAAUACCCAAUCCACCCGGCUAAUCGUCCUACUCCACCGCGAACAUGAACGUCUCUGGGAUAUCGUGAUCGAAACCUUCGAGGGCCUCGUCAAGGCUGGCACCGUGCCAGAGCAGACCUGGAAGAACCAGACUCUGCCUAAGCUACAAGGCAUGAGAGGGGCUGUGGGGACGAUUCUCUUCUAUGAAGAUCCUGCGCAUAUCAAGCCUUUUUCGGAGAAAUUCGCUCUUUACAAAGACCACUUCCAGCCUUGGGCGGAUCAUUCUAAUGCCAUGCACCAAUAUUUCCUCUGGGCUGGACUCGAGUCCCUCGGGUUUGGUGCGAACCUCCAGCACUAUAACCCCCUCAUUGAUGCUCCUAUUGCUAAACAGUGGGACGUUCCGAAUGAAUGGAGACUUGUUGCACAGUUGGUGUUUGGAAGUCCUGAAGGAGGCCCCGGCGAGAAGGCUCAGAAGCCACUCGAAGACCGAGUCAAGAUCUAUGGGAAGUUGUAG